GCUAAAGCCAAAUCAGGUUCAAAGACACCAAAGAGUAAGCUGCCUUGCAAGAGGAGCAACGAGGAUGACGGAGAGACACAAGCACAGAAAAAAAAAAAAGCCAGGAAGCAGGUGGAAGACGGGGAAGAUGAGGAAAAGGAGCAGGAAAAGGAAUCCAAGAAAGGCAAGAAGAGCAAGGAAGGUAAGCAUGAGGCAACCAAGAAAGGCAAAAAUAAUGAAGAAAUUGAGGAGCCGAAGAAAAGCCAGAAGAAGAAGAAGGCACAAAAGGAAUGUGAGGAUGAGGCGCCCAUAGAGGAUUCUAAGAAAGGCAAGAAGGAGAAGAAACAAAAGAAAGACGAGGAUGAGGCACUGGAGGAUGAGGCACCUGUGGAGGAUGCCAAGAAAGGCAAGAAGAAGAAACAAAAGAAAGGCGAGGAUGAGGCACUGGAGGAUGAGGCACCUGUGGAGGAUGCCAAGAAAGGCAAGAAGAAGAAACAAAAGAAGGAGGCACUGGAGGAUGAGGCACCGGAGGAUGAGGCACCCAAGAAAGGCAAGAAGAAUAAACAAAAGAAAGGCGAGGCACCGGAGGAGGCACCGGAGGAGGCAGCGGAGGAGGCACCGGAGGAGGCACCGGAGGAACCAGAGGAGGAGGCACCGGUGAAAAAUCCUAAAGGCAAGAAGAAGGAGAAGGAACAAAAGGUUGAAGCGCCCCCGGUAGA